CCGGUCGGGACCGGCCGGCGGGUGUCCCCGUGUGUCUGCGCGGCGCCGGGUCUCCAUGGCGCCGGCAGCGCCCUGAGGGCGGCGGCAGCGGCGGCGGCGGCGGCGGAUUCCCUAGGCCGCGUCCUCGUCCUCGGCCGUGAGUGAGCUCGAUGCCGAGCACCUCGGACGCGGCGGCCGGCGGGAGCGGGGGAAGCCGGGGCUGGGGGAGCGGCGGCGGCGGUAGCAGCAGCAGCUCGGCGGUGGAGGCGGCGGCCGACAAGAAGCGGCUGCAUCACCGGAGACGGAAGCGCUUCGCGGCCCAGCCGCAGCCUCCCCCCCCGCCGCCGGCCCCUCACCCGCUGCUCUUCCCGCUCCUGCAGCCGCCCCUCCUGCAGCCCCCGCUCCUGCAGCCGCCGCUGCCGCCGCAGUCCCUGCUCUUCCUGGCGGCCACCGGCGCCUCCUCCUGCUGCGGGGACGGGGGGGAGCGGAAGCGGCCGCGGGGCAAGCGGCGCUCGGGCUCCCGGCACAAGCGGCGGCGGGGCCGCGGCGGCGGCGGCGGCGGUGGGACCCAGGAGGCGGAGAAGCGGCGCGGUAGCGGGGGGCUGAGCACUCUGGUGGAGGAGUACGACGACGUGAGCUCCCAGUCCGAAGGGCUGGUGGGCGGCGGCGCGGCCGGCGGCGGCGCGGGCAGCGGCGGGGGGAGCCCGGCCUCCUCCUCGGGCGGUGGCGGCGGGACCCAGCGCCAGAGGGGCGAGGCGGAGCGGAGCGGCCGGUCCCGCCGGGAGCACCGCGGCAGCAGCGGCCGCUCCAAGGAGCGGCACCGGGAGCACCGCCGGCGGGGGGAGGAGAAGGCGCAGCAGGAGGGGGCGGCGGGCCGCGGGGGACCCGAGGCCUCCUCGUCCUCUUCCAAGUCCCGCAGCCGCCACAAUCACACCGGGGGCCAGGACCGGGAGGGACUCAAGAGCAGCAGCAGCAGCGGUGGCGGCAGCGACGGCCGCAGGAAGGGCUCCCUCGCCUCGCCCGGCAGCGGCAGGAAAGAGCGGGAGAGCAAAGCGCACCGGAGCCGGACUAAAGCGGCCAAGGAGCCACCGUCGGCUUACAAGGACCCGCCGAAGGCCUACCGAGACGACAAGCCCGAGCCCAAGGCCUACCGGCGACAGCGCUCGUCGCCCAGCCCCGGCCGGGAUGACAGCCCCCCGCUGCACCGCUCCUCGCAGAGCCAGCGGAGCCGCAAGUCGCUCAGCCCGGUGGGCGGCCGCUCGCCCCUCAGCCCCUACAGCCGCCGCCGCUCCCCCAGCUACAGCCGGCACAGCUCCUACGAGCGCGGCGGGGAUGUGUCACCCAGCCCCUACAGCAGUUGGCGCCGGUCGCGGAGCCCCUACAGCCCCGUUAUCCGGAGAUCAGCAAAAUCUCGAAGCAGAAGUCCAUAUUCAUCAAGGCACUCGAGGUCUCGUAGCAGACACAGAUUGUCUAGAUCCAGAAGUCGUCAUUCAAGUAUUUCUCCUAGUACAUUGACUCUGAAGAGUAGCCUGGCUGCUGAGCUGAACAAAAACAAAAAAGCAAGAGCUGCUGAGGCAGCCAAAGCCAGUGCAAAAGCUUCCAAUACUUCAACACCUACUAAGGGAAACACUGACACUGCUGUAAGUGCACCUCAAGUGAACAAUGUAAAGGACCUGAAGAAAAUAAAAACUGAGCAUACACCUUCUCCUACAAGCAGUGCAAAUUUGAAGAAUGACAAGGCAAAAGCAAAGGUCUCGCUUCCUGAAACAAAAGGGGAAAAUAAUUUAAUUGCAGACAAAAUUACUAAACAGAAACCUACAGUAGUAAAAGAGAAUAAAUUAACUGUUGUAAAACAGCCACCGGUCACUGUAAAAGAGAAAAGCAAACCGAGUACACCAAGUGUAGUAACCAAGGAAAAGGAUCGAAUUGUUGCACUACCAACCUCCACACUGCCACCCUUGCCUUUGCCUCCCACGCUGCCUGAAGAUAAAGAAACUGAUAGUUUGCGAGAGAAUCUUUCAGUGAAGUCAGUUAAAGAAGCAGAGAAGAAACUUCGCCAUCUGCUUGCAGAUUUGCCACUUCCACCCGAGUUGCCUGGAGGAGCUGACUUAUCCAAAAGUCCUGAAGAAAAGAAACCAGCAGUUCAGUUACACAGCAAGAGAAGACCAAAAAUAUGUGGACCACGACAUGGUGAAACGAAAGAAAAAGAAAUAGACUGGGGAAAGCGCUGUGUGGAUAAAUUUGAUAUCAUUGGUAUUAUUGGUGAAGGCACUUAUGGGCAAGUUUACAAAGCCAGAGAUAAAGACACAGGGGAAAUGGUAGCACUAAAGAAAGUACGUCUGGAUAAUGAAAAGGAAGGGUUUCCAAUUACAGCUAUUCGGGAGAUUAAGAUUCUUCGACAGCUUAAUCACCAAAGCAUUAUCAACAUGAAGGAAAUAGUGACAGAUAAGGAAGAUGCUUUGGACUUCAAGAAGGACAAAGGUGCAUUUUACCUGGUAUUUGAAUAUAUGGACCAUGACUUGAUGGGACUGCUGGAAUCUGGUUUGGUUCAUUUUAAUGAAAAUCAUAUUAAAUCUUUUAUGAGACAGCUGAUGGAGGGCUUGGCCUAUUGCCAUAAGAAGAACUUUUUGCACAGAGAUAUCAAAUGUUCAAAUAUUCUACUAAAUAAUAGAGGGCAGAUAAAGCUUGCAGAUUUUGGGCUUGCUCGGCUGUACAACUCUGAAGAAAGCCGACCAUAUACCAACAAAGUUAUUACAUUAUGGUAUCGGCCUCCUGAACUUCUGCUUGGAGAAGAAAGAUACACACCAGCUAUUGAUGUCUGGAGCUGUGGCUGCAUCCUGGGUGAACUUUUUACAAAAAAGCCAAUAUUUCAAGCAAAUCAAGAACUUGCUCAACUGGAACUUAUAAGCCGAAUUUGCGGGAGUCCUUGUCCAGCAGUGUGGCCUGAUGUUAUAAAAUUAGCUUAUUUCAACACAAUGAAACCAAAGAAGCAGUAUCGUCGAAAACUGAGAGAAGAGUUUGCUUUCAUCCCACCAGCUGCAUUAGAUUUAUUCGAUUAUAUGCUUGCUCUGGAUCCCAGCAAGCGCUGCACAGCUGAACAAGCUCUUCAGUGCGAGUUUCUGCGAGAUGUGGAACCAUCUAAAAUGCCUCCUCCAGACCUUCCUUUGUGGCAGGAUUGCCAUGAGCUGUGGAGUAAGAAACGUAGAAGACAGAAGCAGAUGGGCAUGACUGAUGACUCAACAGCAACUAAAGUCCCUAGGAAGGAUCUGUCUCUAGGCAUGGAUGAGAGCAGAACCAACACCCCACAAGGCAUGCAAACUUCUUCCCAACUCAAAACUCAGGGCAACUCUAGUUUAGCACUUGCAAAAACAAGCACUGGACAGCAGUUAAACCAGAAUGAAGUGGCAAUCCUGCUAAACCUGCUACAGUCUAAAACAAGUGUUAGUUUGGCACAGUUUGCUCAAGUGUUGAAUAUUAAGGUAAACCCAGAGACUCAGCAGCAACUAAAUAAAAUAAAUCUUCCUGCUGGAAUUUUGUCAGCAGGUGAAAAACAGUCAGAACAGCAGCAGCAGCAGCCGCCGCCGCCGCCUCCACCACCGCUGGAACAGGAGCCCCUAAAACAGCCGACGGUCACGCAGCCUCCUGUACCACCUGCUCAACUGAGUCAGCCUAAAGUUGAGACUGAUGCUGCCCAGGCAGCUGUACAGAGUGCAUUUGCUGUUCUGUUGUCUCAGUUAAUAAAGGCUCAGCAAACAAAACAAAAAGAUUUUGUGUUGGAGGAGAAGGAAAAUGGAUCAGGAAAUGAAAUGUCAUUACAACUCAGGCAGCCUCCAGAGCUCACCACUCCUGUGUCUGUCAGCCGGGACGACGUGGAAUCUCCAGUACCUGGCUACCCGCAUCUGAUCAAGUCAUUAUAUACGUCUGCAGGUCAAGAGGAUUUGGUUAGGCAGUCUGAGAUGAGGCUUCUAAACCGAACACCCGAAGAAGAACGCCCUCGGAUCUUGCCUCCAGACCAGCGUCCUCCAGAGCCACCGGAGCCUCCACCUCUCACUGAUGAAGACCUUGAUUAUCGGACAGAGAACCAGCAUUUGCCUAUAACUAACUCUUCAGGAACAGAUCCUCACGCAGGAGUGAAAGCAGCUCUUCUGCAGCUGCUUGCUCAGCAUCAAGCUCAGGCGACAACGGAGGAGCCAGUACAAACGAGCGUGGAUUAUCAGGCUAGAGACUCCUACGUAACAGGCCCAGACUACAAGGAUAACUUUGGAUCAUCUUCCUUCUCAUCUGCCCAUUAUGGCAGUAGCGAUGGAAUAGGAAGUGGAUCAUCAGGAGCAUUAGAAAGGAGGAGCUUCCUUGGAAACUCGGAUAUUCAGUCUUUGGAUAACUACAGUACUGCUUCAUCUCACUCUGGUGCUGCCCCUCCUCCGUCAGCCUUUUCAGAAUCCUUUCCCAGCUCAGUAACUGGUUACGGAGACAUUUACCUCAACACUGGCCCCAUGCUAUUUAGUGGAGAUAAAGACCAUAGGUUUGAAUACAGCCACGGCCCAAUCCCGGUUCUGGGGAGCAGCGGUGACACUUCCGCAGGGCCAGAGAGUACGCACUCUUUGCCCACAAAGAUGCACAACUAUAGCUAUGGAAGUAACUUACAGGAAAAUCCCAGUGGCAUCAGCCACAUGCAUGGACAGACUUGGACUUCUCCUGCCCAAGGGCCUGGCUAUUCCCAAGGAUACAGGGGACACAUUAGCACAUCUGCAGUGAGAGGGCGAGGCAGAGGAUUACCAUAUUGAGUAUCUGUUUUUCCUCAGGCACAUCAUUUUUAUCUGGAAAAACUUUUUUUUUUCCUAGCUGCAGUUUAAAGCAGCAGUUCAACAGACUUGAAAAAUGUUAAUUCAACAGCUUUAUUUUUAUGUGGAAAAGGGUCUUGCAUACAGUAGGAAAAAUUAAAAAUGCUUAAAACUCAUGCUGUCUGAAAACUAGAUAAAUUGAUUGUACAUGUUCACAAACUCUAGUUCUGAAUUUUAUUUUGUAUUUUGGCAGUUUUAAGUGGAUGCUAAAUUUAGGGACAUCAGCUUUUUAUGGCACUCUUUCAGAUCUUCUGAACUAUGCACAUUUGUGCUUUUUUUUGUAAGUUUGGACCAACUUUUAUGUAAAAAAAAUAAUUUUACAACAAUCAAAGCAGGGCACUGAUUUAUUUGGUAUUUUUCUUUUUACAGAACUACCUUUAGUCAAAGGUCACUGUCAGUCUUUGCACUGCUUUCAGUGUUAUUGUGGAAGGUGUACUUUGUGCUCAUUUCAGAUAAUAAAACACAACCUUUCUCUUGAUGCAAAAUUUUAUAAAUAUUUGGUCAAUGUUAUUUUUUUUUCUUUCAAGAAAAAAAAAAAAGAAUGGAUGUUCUGGUAAAAUGUUCUCUCCAUCUCCCAGGCUUGUUUAUAUAAAAACUGUUUUACUUGAAUGGUAAGUGCCUUAACAUGUAAGCUUAAGGUCUGCAAAAAUUUGGAAGUACUUUAUAGAUCGACAUGAAAAUACCUAAACCUAGGUAGAUAACGUGAAAAUUCAGAUAAGAGCAGGCAACUCAAAUAGGUCAUAACCUUGUGCUGUUUACUUCAGGUGGGCCAGUUAUUUAGAGACCUAAUCUUGAAGAAAUCAUAAUUUCCCAAUUGAAUUUCAUGAGAAAUGUUGAAAGUGCUGAGAAUGAAGAGUGUAGUUUUUCCUCAGCUCCCUCUUGGAGUUGUAGUGUUUUAGUUCCUCUGCCAAAUAAACUAUACUUUAUAUGUCCUUACCAAGUGAUGAAAUAGGGUUUUUUUUUCUCUUAAAUGUCAACAGCAGUAAUGACUUGACUUUGUGUGAAAAGAUGACGCUGUCGUCUUUUGACCACAAAUACUGCAUUAUAGGAAGUAACCAAAGGAAGAAUGACCAGUAUUUAAACCACAGCAAAAUGUUUGACACUAGUUCUAAUUCUCUGUAAACUUGUCAUUGUGCCAAUUAAUCGAUUUUAUAUCUGCUAUUCCACAGGAUACUUUAAUAUUGGAAUCGAGUCUCUCUGAACAACUGAUAAAAUAACUGUAGUUAAAACUCUUACCAAGAGCCACUCCUCAUAUUAAUUACAACUUCCAGCAUGUUUUUUUUUCCUUUGACAACAAGUGGUCUCUCUCCUGCAGAGAGGAGGUAUGGUUAUAUUUUGCAUGUACGUAAAAGAAUGUUUUAAAGCCCAUAUUGGAAACAAUUUUCCAACUGAUUAUCCAGUUGACAAAUCGGUACCUUAUGUAACUGAGUGUUUAAUUAUUACUUUUUAAAAAGUAAAAUUUCUACUUACACUAUUACAAACGUAGUCUUGUCAGUGACUUUUUGGAUUUUCAGAAUAGAAGCCAAAGUUGUUGGUGUUUUGUUUUGGUUUAGUUGAAAAUCCUGGUUCGUAUAUGGCUAACUACGACACUGUAGAACAUGGAGAAACUCACUUCGCUAACUACGUAGCGUUUGAGGAUCUCACAAAUGAGAAAUGGAGAGAGUCAUGCUGCUUUACGAUGUCCCUGUAAGUCUGGCAGUUGCCUUCACUAGACACAGUAGAAAAUCCUGCGAUCUGAAAAUAAAAGCGGCCUGGUCAGAAACAAAUACUUACGACUUGAAUAGCCUGUGCUUAGGAAAAACAAAAGCUUCAUUUGUGAAUGACAGUGCACUGGAUAGUUUUCCUUGAGUAAGGACACCCCCAUAGCAUUUUUCUGCUAGUAAAAUUUUAAAGGCAAAAAUCAUUAGUGUCAUUUAGAUAUGGACAGUGUCAGCUAAGGCUUUUUGUUUACUACUCUUUAAAAAACAAUCCCACAGUGAUACAACAGAUUGCUUUUUUCAGAAUCAAGCAAAAGACUUUCAAAGCUUUUAAGCAGUUGCUUUCACUAAAAAUGUGCAGUCUGGUGUUACUUUCCUGCACUUCAAAUGUAACUGCAGGUGAUAGUUGGCUAAACAAAGCAGGUAAGUUCAAAUGGAAGGUAGAUCUCAGCGGACUAAAUGAUUUGACUUCCAAUACAAAAAUGCAAGGAAGACAUUGUGUCUCCUAUUUGCUUCCCUUUUGGAGGUAAAUUUUCAAGUCAUUUAGUUCACCUCAUUUAAUGCAGAGAAGUCAGCCCCCUCUGCAUGUGUAAACGACAGUGCAGUUUCCUUACGGGCUGUCAGUACUCUGAUGUUGCAUCGUUCCGCCGAAAUGGAUUUCAGUCUUUGGCCAUGAAAAAACCCAACCCCAAAACAGCACGAGUAAUCCUGACUAUGAGGAGAGGGAAGGAGAUGCAAUAGACAGUUGACUUCCAGAUGAAUCAGAAACAAAACUCUGGCACGCUGUGGCAGAUGCGUACUGCACAAUGACUUUUCCCCAAAUUCAGUUUAAGCCUGUGACUUUGAACACUAUAUUUGCCUGGGACAACAGUGUUGGGAUAAUUUGAAAGGAAAGGUAACAUUUCCAUAUAUGGUAACUCUGAAGAGGUUACCUUCUCUGCAACCCGGGGGAUCUUCUUGGCUCUUUUGCUGACAGUCUUUCCUCCCAGGCAGGUAGAGGCUGCGCAUGGGCUGCAUGUGGGUAAGGAGCUCUGCCCUCCCUCCACAGGGCAGCCCAUGGGGUGCAUGGCAGGAGGAUUUCUCCCUGUGGCCACACACCCCUGACCCCAGAGUUGCCCCUGGGCAGGUUAGCAGCCAGGGAACUGGCCAGAUCUAAGGACUGAAGGUCCACGUUCAUUUGCUCCGGACCUGUGUGUUAUCUAUCGAAAUUGCUUUUGAAUUAAAUCACAUGACAAGGUGCUUAUGUCAGUUCAAAAUUUUACCCUUUUGAACAAAUUUCACUCGGCAGAGUGAGCGUGUACUAGUUUGGCAUUUUACAUCAUGUGGCUCUUGCAUUUUUGAUGCAGUAAUAGACAUUCUGAAAACCGCGUUAUUUUUCUGUGGAGCUGUGGCUUUUGUUACUUCCCCCCCCAUUCCUUUGGGUUUACGUUUUCUGUGCUGCAAUUCCAAAGUGUGCUACAGAGACCUGGACACUACAUCGAAAAGUAAGUGUUGUGUGUUUGUAUUUCUAAAUAAACAUAGCAAAAUACUGUAAUCAUGGACUAUCAAGUAGCAAGUACUUCAUUAUUUAUAUUAAGUGGUCUUUAGCCUUACCAAGAGGAAGAAAGCGAGCACGGCUGGACUGCUAUGACCAUGACUUAAAACGCUUAGACUAUUACAAUACUUAAAAUCAGCCAAAAGAAAAGGAAACGGCUUUUAUCAUGGAUCGCUGGUUGUUGUUAUCUUGACCAGAAGGAGCAGUGUUAGGGAAGAGGUGUAAAAAUACAUGUAUCCUUAAAUAUUAAUAUAAUUUCUUGGAAAAAUAAUUUUAAAAUGUCAAACUUUAUAUUUUCUUAUGUUUCCAUAAAACACGGUCCAUGUUAAAUUCUCUCCAUACCAUGGUAGUGUAAGGUGCUUUCUAGAAGCAGAGGCGGUAAGUGCUGUAAUGUAAGUUCUUACAGUUUUGAGUGCUCUUCUCCUUUUGCUUGGUGCAGGAGGCAGUUUCCGUUUUGGUGAAGUUUACAGUUGGAUGAGUUUAAUAGAUAAUUGUAAGGUAAAGACUGAAGUAACAUAGGAUACCUCUUGUCUGUGGGCAAAUUAGAUCUCAGACCAUGAGUUCUGUUUCCAAGAGAGAAAAAUCUCAGAUGUAUUUCUUGCAUUCUUCUUUUUGUUAAUAAAACACGCAAGUGUUUUACAUACAACAUUUCUCCAGUCUAUUCUGUUACACUGUUUUUUACAUAGGGAAAUUUUGGCUAUUUCCCUUCUUGAUAGUUUUGGGAUGUUCUAUAUAUGCAGAAGUGUGUCAUGAAAUAAGGAAUCACCAGAAAACUGAUUUGAAUUCUGUAUUUAAAAAUGAAAUGACCUUGGGUUGACUUAAAAUCGAACUAACUUUUGCUUAUCAGGGUGAAGAAUACUUUAUUGCAGGAGUUAUUUCAAGACAACCUAAUUUAAAAUAAUUAAACUGUUAUGCUUCAGCUUGCUUACUCUUUGUUAUUUUAAGCCAUUUGUAUAUAAAAUGUAUUGUGCGGCCUGUAAAUAAAAUACAUGAAAACUUGAA